GUUUCGACAAAGCCUGGUUGUCACGUUAGUUUUGGUCAAUUCAGUACAUUUGUUAUUUAAAAUCUCAGGGACCUCCUCUUAGGUAUUCAAUUUAGAAGACUCAACUUUACCUAGUACUCUAUUUACCUAAUAGUCGUCAAGAUGCGUAUUUCUUCCCUCUUAACUACGGUAGCCGGCGCCACCUCUGCGUCCGCGGCGGUGAUGCAAAUUGCUGCCGCCGCCGCACCCUGGAAAUGGACUGUAACAGGAUGGAGUGCUGGUUGCGCGAGAGAAUGUCAUUAUGACUUCAACGUGACCGGUACCGCAAGUUCUUCGUCGAGGCCGGCUAGACCCUCGUUUAAGGCGUACUGUAGCGGAGAAGGCGAGGGCGCCAACUAUAGGGCCUGCACAGCGCUCGAGGAAACCGAAACCGACUACCUUGUCCUUGCGAAACUCCUCCCGAGUAACGGCACUGCCAACGGAACAUCGCACAAGCCUCAGAUCCAAGUGAGCGUAAAGUUCACCGACCUAGAUGUCCAGUCGACGUGGUGGAACUACACUGGGAAGGCCGUGGCGUCGUACAACCAAUUCGUAGCGCCGCUUAUGAACUUCACGAUCACUCCCGAUACCAUUUACGGUGUAGCGUAACAGCGGGGAGUUUUAGGGUAGUGCACGGUGAUGUGUCAGGUACGACAUCUUGGCGUACUUGAUGUCGGGUCAUCGACGUGGUCCGGGAAGCAAACACUUGUGUCGCGGACGUGGAUGGUUCGUUGGCGAUAACGGCGUACAACCUAUUGACCGAGAUGAUCUCGAUGGUCGGUCGCAAAUCACCCUCGCAUAGUGGUCCAGUCUAUUCAGUUUCCUAUGCUAGAAUGAGUCGAGAAGCACGCCCUUAAUAGAUCUCAA